ACAUUUAUUUUUUCCGACUGCGCAUGAAUGCGUCUUAAGUCAGAAAUUCCCGCCCGAUGUAGCAAGAAAGUUGCUACAAGAACAAAAGAGCAGCUAGCCUUUUCACUUUAAACGCCUUUAACCUAUACUCCACUGAAAAUGAAAGUAACAGAGGAUCAAGUUGUUGAAGAGGACACUGGUUUCCAGGAUGAGGAGGAGUCUUUCUUCCAAGACAUUGACCUCCUACAGAAACAUGGGAUUAAUAUGGCAGACAUCAAAAAGCUGAAAUCAGUGGGAAUCUGCACUGUGAAGGGGAUCCAGAUGACUACGCGCAAGGCUCUGUGCAACAUCAAGGGCCUGUCAGAAGCAAAAGUGGAAAAAAUCAAGGAAGCUGCAGGGAAAAUGCUGAAUGUUGGUUUCCAGACCGCCUUCGAGUACAGUGCAAAGAGGAAGCAGGUGUUCCACAUCACGACCGGGAGCCAGGAGUUCGAUAAACUUUUGGGUGGAGGUAUAGAGAGUAUGGCCAUCACAGAGGCAUUUGGAGAGUUCCGCACAGGGAAAACCCAGCUGUCUCACACACUUUGUGUCACUGCUCAGCUGCCAGGCGAGGAUGGUUACUCAGGUGGGAAAGUCAUCUUCAUCGACACAGAGAACACUUUUCGUCCAGACAGACUGAGAGACAUUGCUGACAGGUUUAAUGUGGACCAUGAUGCUGUGCUGGACAACGUGCUUUACGCUCGGGCCUAUACCAGUGAACACCAGAUGGAGCUGUUGGACUUUGUUGCAGCCAAAUUUCAUGAGGAGGGAGGAGUGUUCAAGCUGUUGAUCAUCGACUCCAUCAUGGCUCUGUUUAGAGUAGACUUUUCUGGUCGAGGAGAGCUGGCUGAGCGGCAGCAGAAACUCGCCCAGAUGCUCUCCAGGCUGCAGAAAAUCUCUGAAGAGUACAAUGUAGCUGUGUUCGUCACCAACCAAAUGACAGCUGAUCCAGGAGCAGGAAUGACGUUUCAGGCUGAUCCCAAGAAGCCAAUUGGUGGGCACAUCCUGGCUCACGCCUCCACCACACGGAUCAGCUUGAGGAAGGGACGUGGAGAGAUGAGAAUUGCCAAGAUAUUUGACAGUCCCGACAUGCCUGAGAAUGAGGCCACUUUUGCCAUUUCUGCUGGAGGAGUCACUGAUGCCAAAGAGUGAGAAGAGAGGAGGAGACACUGGUGUUAGCACAGUUUCCUGUUCCAGUCAGUUUGAAAGUUAUGUAAUGUAUUUCUAAUUAAUUUAUUUAUUGAUUUUUAAAAGCUUUAUAUAACUUAUCACAGUUGUACUAUGGUGCUCUAAUCUAUUUAUUUAUAGUUCUUGUGGUAUUUUCUGUGUAUCAGAGAUGUUAAUAUAAACAAACAAGUUAAGACAA